AUGAAAGCAGCCUACAUUGUCUCUGCAGCUAGAACACCCAUUGGUUGUUUCUUAGGCAAAUUGAGUAAGGUUAAGGCAACAGAACUUGGAGCCACAGCAAUCAAAGGUGCUCUCUCACAAGUCUCAAUACCAUAAGAUGCCAUAGAUGAAGCUAUUUUAGGAAAUGUUUGUUCAGCUGGAAUUGGCUAGGCUCCUGCCAGAUAAGCAGUGAUCAAGGCUGGAUUACCAUCAUCUACUCCAUGCACUACAAUCAAUAAAGUAUGCUCAUCAGGAAUGAAAUCAGUUACUUUUGGCUCUCAAAGCAUUCAAUUGGGUUAAUCCAAUAUAGUCAUAACUGGUGGUUUCGAAUCAAUGUCCAAUAUUCCUCAUUACAUCAAUGCAAGACAACCACUUAAAUAUGGAGAUGGCAAAUUGUUAGAUGGUUUAGCCACUGAUGGUUUGUCUGAUGCUUACAGCAAUGUAGCUAUGGGAGUCUGUGCUGAGAAGACAGUCAACGAUCUUAAAUUAACUAGAUAAUUACAAGAUGACUAUACAAUCACUAGUUAUGAAAGAGCACUUGAAUCCAUCAAAACUGGAAGAUGGGCACAUGAAAUCACUCCAGUCUAAGUCUCAAAAAAUGAAGUAGUCACCGAAGAUGAGGAGGUCAAAAGAUAUUAAAAAGAGAAAAUUCCAAUUCUUAACCCAGUUUUCGCCAAAAAUGGAAGUGUAACAGCUGCCAAUUCAAGCAAAAUCAAUGAUGGAGCAUGUGCCAUUAUUUUGGCAUCAGAAGAAGCCUUGAAAAAAUACAAUUUGACACCUUUGGCUAGAAUUGUUUCAUAUGCUGAUGCUGAACUCGACCCAAUGGAUUUCUGCAUAGCCCCAACUAAAUCAUCUGCCAAGGCACUCCAAAGAGCAGGACUCAAAUUAACCAAUAUUGAUUACCAUGAAAUCAAUGAGGCCUUUGCUGCUACAGUCUUAGCCAACAUGAAAUUAUUAGAUUUACCAUUAGAUAGAAUCAAUGUCAAUGGCGGUGCUGUUGCUUUGGGUCAUCCUAUUGGUAUGAGUGGUGCAAGAAUCAUUUUGUCCUUGCUCACUGUAUUAAAAUAAAAUUAGGGUAAAUAUGGAUUAGCAGGAAUCUGCAACGGUGGUGGAGGUGCUACAUCAAUCAUCAUAGAAAACUUAAAUUGAGAUUUAUCAUCAAUAAUAUAAUCAAUUUCCUAAAAUGUCUAC